UACGUCGUAUACAAUAAAUCGUGCGAGGAAGGUGCUGCUGCGCUGGAUCGAUUCGGCUUUUGGGGCCCGAGUCGGCUGUUGGUCAAGGACACGGGGACGAUGCAGGAGCACAAGUCCUUUCUCAUCCGAGAUCUGCUCGGCGACGUGCUCGGCCAUCGAGUUCAAGACGACUCGGAGGAAGACUCGGCCCUGCACUCGGACUCGGAGGACACGAUAGACCCGGGCAGCAGUCCCUCCCCUGGCUCGGCCACCUCGGGUGGUGGUACCAAGGCCUGCCUGGCGAGCAGCCUCGGGGGCUCGAGCGGUGGCGGCCGGAAACCCCGUAGGCGCCGGACCGCCUUCACCCACGCCCAGCUGGCCUACCUCGAGCGCAAGUUCCGCUGCCAAAAGUACCUAAGCGUCGCGGACCGCAGCGACGUCGCCGACGCCCUCUCCCUCUCCGAGACCCAGGUCAAGACGUGGUACCAGAACCGCAGGACAAAGUGGAAGCGCCAGAACCAGCUGCGGUUGGAGCAGCUGCGCCACCAGGCGACGGUAGAGAAGGAGCUGCUCGUCCGGGGCCUGCACCACGGAUCCAUCGAGGCGUACUGUCCGUCGGCCUACGGUCACCAGAGUCCACCGUCGGUGCAGUCCUCCUCGCAUCAGCAGCCGCAGCAAGGCACGGCCCAGCAGGUGAUGGCACCCGUACAGCCGACCAACGCGUCCACCGCUGCCUUUCUCUCGACCGCGGCAGCUCUCUUUCGCAACGUCACCUACGUCCACGGGUGUCCGCUCUAAUGGCUCCUCCCGUCACACACACCGAUCAUGUUUGCUUGUUGAUGGGUACAUAUAUAUACAACAGUGCACGCUUCAUUGUACUUGAGGUACACCUCGCUAUCUUUCUCUAUUUCGAUUGUUGCCGUAUGUUAUUUUUACCUCCAACUGCAGUCGUCCGAUCGAGUGGACCGGUCUGCCGCGCAUACAAAUAAUAACGGUUUACUUUUUUCAGUAUUACAUCGUACAUCUAGUCUCUAGCUUUUUUUUCAUUACAUACAUACAAUUUGACGCGCUUUUCAACGCAUUUCAUACAAGGAUAAUAUACAUACGUGUGGGCCAUCUAGAAGUGUUGAUUGAUUUGCUUAUUGAUUACUUUUAUCGGCAAUUUCAUGUGAUAUAUCUACGAUUAAUUGCGCAAGUAUAUAGGUCGAGUGGAUGAGAAAUAUUAUUAAUUCACGUAUACGGUGGUAGAUUGUAUAGGGUUUUAAAAGUAUACAGAAAAUGAGAUAGAGACGGUUUUUAUCAUUGUUACUUAUUGAUCUGUACCCAAGAGAGUAUACUUGGUAUAGGUGCGUGUUUCGUCUCUCACGCACGACGAGCGGCGAUAUACCGUGUAAAUAUGUAAUUACGGCAAAAAUAGAUUAAUGUACGAUUGUUAUAUGUAUCGAAUGGCGCGAAUGACGGAGGAAAAGGAGUGACGUUAAACAAGAGUACAACAUUUAUGUUAUAUUUCUGCAAAAUGAACUUUCCACCCAAGUGGUGGGGCGCACGAGAGUUAUUUCGAUUUAAUAUAAAAUAAUCGUCUCGGCGGC